AUGAUGAAUACCACAAACUCUGUUCUUCAUGCUUUCAGAGGUAAUUCUAUUACCAACUCCCCUUUCUUAUCUUUCCAGUUAGGUUUGCAAUACGGUACUCACUCGCAUGUGAUUGAUAAAAUUACCAACUUGAAUGAUGCACUCAACCUGUUCGAUGAAAUGUCACAGAGACGCCCUUUGCCAUCUAUUGUUAUGUUCACUCAGUUGUUGAAUGCUGUUACUAAAAUGAAACAUUUUCCCUCUUCUCUUCAUCUUUUCAACCAAAUGUGUUCUCUUGGUGUCCCUGUUAAUGAAUAUUCUAUGAGCAUUGCAAUCAAGUGUUGUUGUCAGUUGUAUCGCACCAAAGACGGUUUCGCAGUCCUAGGAAGCUGCUUUAGGCGAGCUAUUGCACCCAAUGUCUUCAUAUUUAAUGCACUCUUAGACGGACUCGUCCUCGAAGAUAAGAUUCUUGAAGCAGAGAAUCUAUUCAAGAAGCUUAUUAAACAAAAACUUUGUGAACCUUAUGUAGUUACUUACAACACAAUGAUUAAAGGGCUUUGCAAGUUCGGUAAUAACGUUACAGCAGUUGCUUUGCUCAGGCUAAUGGAACAAACAAACUGCAAGCCUGAUAUUUUUACAUAUAACACCAUCAUUGAUAGUCUUUUCAAGGAUAAAAUGAUAGAUGACGCUUUCAAGCUCUUUAAAGAAAUGGUAUCUUACAAAGGUAUUCUACCAGAUGUCAUCACCUACAACUCUUUAAUUUGUGGUCUUUGUAAAUUAGGUCGUUGGGAUGAGGCCUCAAAGCUGCUAAAAGAAAUGGAGGAUGAGAACAUUUCUCCGGAUGUGCAAACCUUUAAUGUAUUAGCUGAUGCAUUUUGCAAGGAAGGUAAAGUAGAAGAAGCUGAGGCUGUUAUCAACAUCAUGGUUGCGAGAGGUAAGGCUCCAGAUUUAGUGACAUACAACUCACUUAUUGAUGGUUACUGUCUGCGAGGUGAAAUGAUUAAAGCAAGGGAGAUUUUUGAUUCCAUUACACAUAGAGGCCUCGUUCCUGAUGUUGUUACUUACAAUAGCUUAUUGAAUGGGUAUUGCAAGAAUCGGAAUAUAGAAGAGGCAAUGCAAAUGUUUCCUCAAAUGACCAGACAAGGUUUAAAACCCAAUGUGGUCACUUACAACACCAUGUUACAAGGAUUGUUUCAGGUUGGGCGUUGUGUAGAUGCACACAAACUCUUCGAUGAGAUGCAUGCACAAGGCCUAAUUCCAGACCAAUGCACGUAUCGAAUAAUCUUAGAGGGCCUUUGCAACAACCGUCAAGCAGAAGAGGCUCUCUCUUUGUUUCAUUUGUUGGGUGAUUCAAAACUUAAUUCUGAUAUCGUUGUGUACAAUAUCCUCAUUGAUGGUGCAGGAAAAUAUGGGAAAGUGGAUAUUGCGAGGGUUCUUUUCCAAGGUCUAAUUGAUAAAGGCUUGCAACCUAAUGUUCGUACAUGCACUGUGAUGAUAAGUGGUUUUUGUCAGGAAGGUCUAUUGGGGGAAGCCAAGUUGUUGUUUCUUAAAAUGGAUGAGAGUGGCUGCCCGCCAAAUGAUGUUACUUACCGUGUUCUUCUCCAAGGAUAUCUAAAGAACCAGCACUAUGAUGAUGUGGUGAUGCUUUUACAGGAAAUGGAUGAUAGAGGUUACACACUUGAUGCGUCAACUUUAACAUUAUUAAUAGAUCAGAUCGCAGCUGGUUCACUAGAUAGGAGUAUGCUAAAGUUGUUCGGUAAGCUUGUGCCAAAAGAAUUAAUGGACGAUCCUAGCUUAUGCGACUGGGAGUCUGUAACUCCGUUAAGUCAGGAUAAAAUGAUGGAUGAUGCUUUCAAGCUCUUUAAAGAAAUGGUAUUUGAAAAAGGAAUUUUACCAAAUGUCAUUACCUACACCUCUGUAAUUCAUGGCCUUUGUAACUUAGGUCGUUGGGAUGAGGCCUCAAAGCUGCUAGAAGAAAUGGAGGAUGAUUUCUCCAGAUGUACGUACCUUUAGUUGAUGCUUUUUGCAAGGAAGGUAAAGUAGAAGAAGCUGAGGCUAUUAUCAACAUCAUGAUUGAGAGAGGUGAGGUUCCAGACAUACAACUCACUUAUUGAUGGUUACUGUCUGCGAGGUGAAAUGAUCAAAGCAAAAAAAACUUUUUUGAUUCACUGACGCUUAGAGGUCUCGUCCCUGAUGUUGUCGCUUACAGUAGUUUGUUGAAUGGGUUUUGCAAAAAUCUGAACAUAGAAAAAGCUAUGCAAAUGUUUCACGAAAUGACUGGAAAAGGUUUAAAGCCCAAUGUAGUCACUUACAACACCAUGAUACAAGGAUUCUUUCAGGUUGGGCGUUGUAACUCUUUGAUGAGAUGCAUGCACAAGGCCAAAUCCCAAACCAAUACACUUAUCGAAUAGUUUUAGAGGGCCUUUGCAACAAUCGUCAAGUAGAAGAGGCUCUCUCUCUUUUUUUUUUUUUCAUUUGAUGGGUGAUAGCAAGCUUAAUUCUGAUAUUGUUGUGCACAAUAUCCUCAUUGAUGGUGCAGGAAAAUGUGGGAAAGUGGAUAUUGCGAGGGUUCUUCUCCAAGGUCUAAUUGACAAAGGCUUGCAACUUAAUGUUCGUACAUAUAACGUGAGAUCAGUGGUUUUUGUCGGGAAGGUCAGUUGGGGGAAGCAAAGUUAUUGUUUCUUAAAAUGGACGAGAGUGGAUGCCCCCCAGAUAAUGUUACUUACCGUGUUUUUCUCCAAAGAACAAGCACUAUGAUGAUGUAAAGAUGCUUUUAAAGGAAAUGGAUGAUGGAAGAGGUUACUCACUUGAUGCUUCGACUUUAUCAUUAUUUAUAGAUCAGAUAGCAGCUGGUUCUUUAGAUAGAAGUAUGCUUAAGUUGUUAGGUAAGCUUGUCUCAAAAGAAUUAAUGGACCAUCCUAGGUUGUGCACCUGGGAGAGAAACUGAAAUAGUAGUAUAUGUGGGUGGGAUAAGAAAUGGAGACUAUAACUUGCAAAAUGUGGAAAGUGGUGUUCAUGUGUUUGGUCAUCAGACAUUCUGCAUUUAAUGAAUUCACAUCUGUGUUUGUUGUA